CUUUGAGGUGGAAAGGGUUGUGAACUGCCCUAGAUAGUGUACGAGUGCGCCAAUCGGGAUACAGCCAAAUGUCACGUCAGUUCCGGCUUUCGCUCUCUCCGGUUGGUGCAGCUCCUGACUGACUGGCCGCGGCAGACGGAGGUCAGCGCCUCCGCUAAAGAGCCGCAAAAAUCAGUUCCCCUGUUAAACAAAGGUGGAGGUGAAGUCCAGGGUUCAGGAGUAAGAGCUUUCAGAGCGGCGCAAGAUCGCAAACACAGCGGGACGGAAGACAGGCUACAUGGAAUACACCACCGAGACAUCAUGUCCAUUUUUCAAGCUGUCACUGGGCCUCUUUUGUUAGAGCUGAGUACUGUGACUGCGUGCUUGUGGUCAUCGUGUCUUCUGGCUCUCUGAAGCCGACCUUCUCUCCGCUAGCCUUCACAAACAACCACAACAUGGCACCUGUGCCCCCUGGUAUUCGAUUCCUGGCAUCCUUUAACCGGGAGCAAUGGUACAGAGCCUUCACCUUUGUGCUUACCUUCCUGCUCUACACUAGCUUCCACCUGUCCAGGAAGCCCAUCAGCAUUGUCAAGAGUGAACUACAUAAGAACUGUACACAGUCCAAGGAAUUAGCCACUGUAAGCAGCAAAAGCAGUCAGGAGCAUGUCCUGCAUGUGGGAGAAGAUUGCAGCUGGAAGCCGUUUGAUAAAGAAAACUAUAAGCAGCUGUUGGGAGCGAUGGACCUCUCCUUUCUGUUUGUUUACGCAGUGGGCAUGUACCUGAGUGGAAUUAUUGGAGAGCGUCUGCCAAUCCGGCUCUACCUGACCAUGGGCAUGCUGACCAGCGGCCUCUUCACCUGCCUGUUCGGCCUGGGAUACGCCUUCAAUGUUCACAGCCUUAGCUUCUACAUCUUUGUUCAGAUUGCCAAUGGUUUAGUGCAGACCACUGGCUGGCCCAGUGUGGUGACGUGUAUUGGGAACUGGUUUGGGAAGGGCAGGCGAGGUUUGAUCAUGGGGCUGUGGAACUCUCACACAUCAGUGGGGAACAUCCUCGGCUCUCUGAUUGCUGGGUAUUACGUGUCAUGGAACUGGGGUCUGUCCUUCGUUGUCCCUGGCAUCAUCAUCGCUGUCAUGGGCAUCAUCUGUUUUCUCUUUCUCAUUGAACACCCAAAUGAUCUGAAGAAUGCUGGCACCCAGAACGGUGCCGUUAAUGGCCAGAAGCUGCACAAAAGCUGGAUGGGCAUUAACGGUCAUAAGGAGCUCUACCUGCAGUACAAGCAGGGGGCCAAAAGCCAGAGCUCUGAUAUGGAGCUGCUGUUGAGUCAGGACCGUGAGGUGUGUGUACCUGUGCAGCAGGUGGUUGUAGUGAAGAGUGAGGCAGAGCCGUCAGCCAUAAGCUUCAGAGGAGCUCUCUGCAUACCGGGUGUGGUGGAAUUUUCUUUCUGUCUGCUCUUUGCUAAGUUGGUCAGCUACACCUUCCUGUUCUGGCUGCCCCUCUACAUCACUAAAGCAGCUCAGCUUGACUCAAAAGAAGCGGGAGAUCUCUCCACCCUGUUUGAUGUCGGUGGAAUUGUUGGUGGUAUCCUGGCUGGUGUGGUAUCGGAUAAGCUUGGAAAAAGAGCCACUACGUGUGCUGUAAUGCUGCUCUUGGCUGCACCCACACUUUAUGGCUUUUCCAUGAUCAGCCAGUUUGGCCAGGGCCCCACAAUCGGCAUGCUGCUGGUGUGUGGAGGGCUAGUAAAUGGACCUUAUGCCCUCAUCACAACAGCUGUGUCUGCUGAUCUGGGAACGCACAAGAGCCUGAAAGGCAAUGCAAGAGCUCUGUCUACAGUCACAGCUAUUAUAGAUGGGACAGGCUCUGUAGGUGCUGCAAUAGGCCCCCUGCUGGCAGGACUGCUUUCCGCACAGAGCUGGGAUCAGGUCUUCUAUAUGCUCAUGGCGGCAGACUUUUUGGCUCUGCUGUUGCUGCUGAGAUUGGUGUUGAAGGAGCUGAGGUCUAAUAAGAGCCGCCCAGGAGCUGCUGUAGAGCUGAAGGAGCACUGAACACUUUGCACUAAAUUGGAGAGUGAGAUUAGAGAGAGGAGGCUGUGGACAUUCUCUGUCCAUAAACCUGCUGAGCACUCUUCUGACCAUUUCCAAACUGGACCACAACUUGAGUCUGGACCAAAACCACAACUUGGCCUGGUUAUUUCCACUGUGCUUUGCCGUUGACUGAUCACUUAAAGGGACAAGACUGAAUCUUCACUUGCUUUUUCCACUCAGAGCUUCAGCUCUGUAGCCUGACUGUUGUACAGUAGGGAUGUAGUCUGUGUAUGGAGGGAGGUCUCUGUUCUUAAACUGGUUCAAACUGCUGGAAUUCAUUAGGCAUUGCACCAUUAAGCUGUGUCAGAUAAAUGAAGGAACAAACAUACUGUAAGUGUUCAGAAAUUACUUUGUCUACGUUAUUAGAGUCAGUGUGGUUUUAAUAAGUUCAAGUAGUUAAAUGGUACGAUACCAAAAUAUUUAUUUUGGUCCUGUAAUAUUUAUAUGUAGAAUGCUGUAAUUUGUACAGUGGUUCUGUGGGAAUUAGAACAAGUUCAGGGGACCUAGUGGUAGCUUUAGGUGUGUUAGUGGAGCUUUUAAACCCAAGCUUCUGCCUCAGAAUAGUGCAGCUAUUUGUCAUGAGUAGGCAUAUUACAGCUGGAAAAAACCUCACAAACGUGCAAUACAUGGGAUCAGCAAGAGUAGGACUAACAGUCAUUGUAAUAGCCCCACCAUUAAAGGAAUUCUUUUCCCAUUAUAGUGUUAAUGUAGCUAAUAAUGAAAUGAAAGCUAGUGGCGAGGCAGUCAGCGUGACUUCACCAUGUUCAUUAGCAGUGUUAGGAUUUUAUCAAGACUAGGAUGGAGAACAGUCCUCCCAGUAAAGGGGUACUCCAGCCAACACAUGGAACCAUCGCUAGAUCUGUUGCCACACAUGCCCAUAGUCCCAACAGUGAACGGUGAUAUAUAUCGAAGCUGGGAGUAACUUUUGGAAAACUACAAGCACUUUGGAGCAGGUGGGGUCGUCGUACGACACAUUUGCAGAAUGCAUGCUGGGUAAUGUAGUGAGAGAAUACUGCUGGAGGAAGACAAAUGGCAUACAGAAUUGUGAAUUCUUUCAAACCUAUUUGGUUGAGGUGAGGGGUGCAAUACUCUGCUAUGGAAUAUUACUUAAUAUAAAUAACAAAUGCUAGUCUUCUGCUGGAAGUAACCCUUUUCAGCUAAUUUGGCUAUAAUAAAGCUAGUGUGGAGCCAGUUAGCAUGACCUUAACUCAUUAUUAGCAAUGUUAACAUUUUAGGUGAAAUAUUUAUAUUUAGUGGAGUCGACAGAACCAAUGCAAGUAUUGCUGCAGUGAGUGCUGUCCCCUUCUCUUAUAUGUAGCUGAAUCUUCCCCUUUCUCCCUGCUCACAGUAACUGUAGAAUGAAGUGUACCACUAAAAGUCCCUUGAAGCACAUGGUGGGUGAACAAAUUUAAUGUAAAUAUGGGUGCGUUGUGAAUAUAUUGUUAUUCAUUCUCAUCUGCCUUUCUAUAAACCAAAGCAAACCUUAUGUUAUUUAUAGAAGAAUAUUGUCUUUAUUUAAAUACUGUCUUCAGUACUGUGGUGGAUAUUAAGUGUUCCUUUUUUAUUUAUGUGUUGGGAUUGCUGGACAGAUCAUGGGAUGUUUCCUCAAUGUCUUUAUGUACUAGUCUGUAACGUUGCGGUGAUAUCGAGCAUCUAAUGCUGAAGAGAUUUGACAUGUGCAUUCAAACGCAUGAAAUGUUUUGGGUGGACGUAGAUUCAGUCAGCAGGUGAAUGUGUUCUGUACUGUGGUAUCAGGAGGCUUGUGAAAAGCCCAGUUUUGUUUCUUUUAUUUUAUUCUUCAUCAUGGAAUCAUUUCUUCCUUAUUGCAGAAAGAGUGCUAUAGAUUUUAAAGACACUGUAGAGGUUUAUUUUGUUUGUAUUUUGUAUGUGUGUGAGGCCAGUGAUGAGGAGAGAGAAGCUCAUUGGUGUUCAGUGUACAAACACAAAACGGACAGAUGAGUUUAAUUCACCGUGCUGUCGACAUUAGCCGCAGUUAUUGUGACGGUAAACCUGCCCAUUUUGCCUUUAAGCGAAGAGUGAUCGUGAACAGUGCUGCAGUCGGAUCAGUCAGACUGAUUCAGCGUUGGCCUCAGGGCUUAUUGCUUUUCUCCUGCAGUAACUACAGCACAAACUUAUUAGACUGUGGGGACGUCACACUAUGGAUGCUUGAAUGUCUUUAUAUGAAUAACCCAUGUGUGUAGUGCUGUGCUAGUGUUACAAGGAAAUCAUCGUGCCUUUUUUCUAUUCAACUGUUCUUUGUGUGGGAUUGUUUGUUUUUUAUUUUAAUUUUUCUGAUUCAUCUGGAAAUCUAAGUCACUGUGUAAUAUUGCUAUUAAUACAGUAAUUGAAGAAAUGAGAUUAUAGAUGCAAAAAAAAUGA